AUGGCCGCGCAUCUCGACGGAAUUGUUGGUAACUCUUCUGGGCAAAAUGGCCACGUCAACGGCUCCGCAGUUCCGAGGACAAACGGUACCGUUGGGAGUCAACGUAAUGGUGUCAACGGGACACGUCAGGCCGCCGGAUCCGGAGUGCCUGCCGCCACCCCCAUUGCCGUCUGCGGCAUGGCUCUUCGGCUUCCCGGAGGCUUGGAAAACCCACAGCAACUCUGGGAAUUUCUUCUAGCCGGGGGAGACGCGAGGACUCGCGUGCCCGAGUCACGCUACAAUGUCUCUGCAUACCACUCCGAGUCUGGGCGACCGGGCACUGUUGCCACGGAGUACGGCUAUUUCCUCGACGAGAGCAUCAAACUAGGCGCUCUGGAUACCUCGCGCUUCUCUUUUAGUCGUGCCGAGCUCGAGUCUGCGGAUCCCCAGCAGCGGCUCAUGCUCGAAGUCGUCAGGGAGUGUUUGGACGAUGCUGGCGAGGUCGGCUUCAGGGGACGCACCAUCGGCUGCUACAUGGGUUGUUAUGGUGAGGACUGGUUGGAGGUUCAGAGCCGAGAUCCUCAGCAGUCUGGGCCUAGCAAGGUCGAUGGGUACAAUGACUUUAUGUUGUCUAACCGCAUCUCCUACGAAAUGGACUUGCGCGGACCGAGCAUGACGAUCCGCACCGCCUGCUCAUCCGCACUGGUUGGCCUUCAUGAGUCCUGCGUGGCUCUCCAAAGAAGCGACUGUGAAGCCGCCGUCGUAGGCGGCGCCAACUUGAUUUUCGCACCCGGCCUCACAACCUUCAUGACUGAAAAGGGCGUCCUUUCUCCUGAAGGCUCCUGCAAGACCUUUUCGGCCGAAGCUGACGGAUACGCCCGCGGCGAGGCCAUUUCGGCCGUCUAUCUAAAGCCACUGGAUGCAGCGGUGCGGGACGGGAACCCCAUCCGAGCCGUGAUUCGCGCCACCAUGACCAACAGCGAUGGGAAAACACAGGGCAUCUCGGUACCUAGCGCUGUAAGCCAGGAAGCCAUGAUCAGGAAGGCGUAUGAGGCGGCUGGUAUUACCGACUUUUCCCAAACGGCUUUUGUGGAGUGCCAUGGGACUGGCACCCCUAUCGGAGACCCUCUCGAGGCCAAGGCCAUUGCCGGCGUUUUCGGUGGUGACGAGGGAGUCUAUAUUGGCUCCGUGAAACCGAAUCUGGGCCACUCAGAGGGUGCGUCGGGCAUUACCUCCCUGAUCAAGGCGGUAUUGAGUCUCGAAAACCAGACCAUCCCUCCUAAUAUCAAGUUCUCGACCCCGAACCCGAAAAUUCCCUUCCAAGAACGCAACUUAACAGUUCCUCUAGAGCCAAUUCCUUGGCCCGAGACUCGCCAUGAACGGGUUAGCAUUAACUCGUUCGGCCUUGGAGGGAGCAAUGCCCAUGUCAUUCUCGACUCGGCUCGCAGCUUCCAGACCGAAAGAGCAGGUCUUUCUGCCAACGGUCAUUCUACUGCUACCACUGUUGCCUCUCCAGACAUACCAAGAGCUCCCUCUGGAACCGGGCCACAGUUGUUGGUCUUCUCAGCCAAUACAGCUUCGUCAUUGCAAAAGAUGACGCAGAGCUUCCAAGAUUGGGUUAGCGAAAAGCUCAAUGAUCCCGAGCCAUCUGACUAUCUCCAACACCUCGCCUACACGCUCGCCAACCGAAGGGAGCAUCUCCCACAUCGGUCUUUUAUGGUCGCUUCCACAGACCAAUCCGGCACGCCGUCCCCGGGAAGAAGGGCAGCCGACCAACGACCCAAUCUGGUCAUGGUAUUCACAGGACAAGGAGCUCAAUGGCCGCGCAUGGGCCGAGAACUGCUCCUGCGCUCCGAUCUGUCUUUCCAGAAGAGCAUCCGCUCCCUCGACCAAUACCUGCAAGAGGCUCAGUAUCCCGACAUCCCACCGUGGACGCUGGAAGAAGAACUGCUCAAACCAGCCAAGACAUCACGUGUGCAGACCGCAGAGUUAUCGCAGCCUCUAUGCACCGCUGUACAGAUUGCCCUGGUGGAUCUUUUCGCGGCCGCCGGCAUAAAACCGGAUGCCGUCGUGGGCCACAGCAGCGGAGAGAUUGUGGCCGCGUACGCCGCUGGGGCUCUCACUUCCAAGGAAGCUAUCGUCGCAGGUUGGCGACGCGGCCUUGCUGCAGCGAAACAGACUAGACCCGGUGCUAUGGCUGCUAUCGGGUUGGGCUGGGGCGACGUCCGAGAAUUCCUGAGUCCCAAGGUUGUUGUUGCCUGUGAGAACUCGCCUAAGAGUGUCACCUUGUCUGGUGAUACAGCCGAGGUCGAAGAGGCUGUCUCAAACAUCAAAAAAGCGUAUCCUCACGCCUUGGCAAGACUUCUGAAGGUCGACAAGGCCUACCAUUCCCACCACAUGCAAGAGGUUGGAGAGGAAUACUAUGCUACGGUACGAUCCGAGUUGGUGGCCAAGCCACCCCAGAAAUCCUUCUUCUCCAGCGUCACCGGAAAGUUGCAUGAGGCGGCUCUGGAUCCGGUCUACUGGCAGACAAACCUCGAGUCCCCGGUACUCUUCAAAUCCGCUGUUUCGAGCAUUCUCGGUCAGAUGGAAAACGUGGCCUUUUUGGAGAUUGGACCACACUCGGCCCUCGCAGGUCCCGUGAGGCAGAUCUUGACAGAAGCUUCUCGCUCAGCGCCGUAUGUGUCGGCCAUGAAGCGUGGCGAGGACUGCGUGGAAUCAUUCUUGACUGCUAUCGGAACGCUUUUCGAGCUCAACAUGCCCGUAGACUUCAAGGCACUCAUACUACCUGGACGCUGCCUCCCGGGCUUACCCACGUAUCCUUGGGACCACGAGGGCGACUACUGGAAGGAAUCAAGAAUGGCGCAUGAAUGGCGAUGUCGUGAGUUCCCAAGUCAUCCACUCCUGGGCAUUCGCCAGCUCGAGAGCACCAGUCUGGAGCCUAGCUGGCGAAACCUUCUUCACGUUGACAAGGACGCCAGUUGGCUCCGGGAUCACAAGAUCGAGAGCAAUACCAUCUUCCCUUGUGCAGGCUAUCUAGCCAUGGUCGGUGAGGGUAUAAGACAGAUCAGUGGUAGGCAAGAUGGCUUUGCUCUCCGUGACGUGGUGAUCGCUGCCGCCCUAGUCCUGAAUGAAGGAAAGCCCACGGAACUGGUGACAACCUUCCGGCCGUACCGUCUCACCGACUCGCUUGACAGUCAGUGGUGGGAAUUCACCAUCGCCUCGCACAACGGCCAUUUGUGGUCGAAGCACUGCACCGGCCAAGUCUCUUCCACGACGGAAACGUCGCGGCCAGCGCAGACGCAGACUGCGGACUUGACAAACCUGCCCCGGAAGAUGGACCGGCAUAGGUUCUACAGGAUAAUGAGCGACGCAGGCUUGCAGUUCGGACCUCGCUUCCAACGCCUUCGGGGCCUGCGAACCGGCACUCUUGAGUGCCUAGCUACAGCUGACAUAGACGACGUCACGAUUGGGGAUGAGAAGCACUAUCACUUGCACCCAACCAUAGUAGAUGCCUCCCUCCAAUCGGCGGCACUUGCCGCCCUCAGAGGCCGGGUCGAAGCGAAAGAAUACCGAAGAGUGCCAACUAAGAUCGACUGGUUGUGGAUGCGUUCUUCUGAUCCCAAUGUCAACCUGAGUGUGACAACUUCAGCAACGUUGGUCAAGGGCAGUCGUGAUGUCGUCGGCCAAGUACAGGAAAUAUUGGCCGAGGGCAAGGUAGUUUUCCACAUGGAGGGCUUGAAGCUUUCGCCCCUCGAGGAGGCCGAGGCGCCAGAGACGGACAGCCUUUCCGCCACUGCGCGGCUUACAUGGGGCCCGCACAUUGACUUCUUGGAUGCCGCCAACCUUAUCCGACCAUCCAUUCCUCGUCAUCUGUACACCGAUGCCAUGAAUGAGCUUGUUCGGCUAUGUGUCGUGUACUCCCAUCGGCAUAUCCAGACUGUUGAACCCACGCUACACCACAUGAAGAAGUUCAAGGCUUGGAUCCGGGACCAAGAGCAAGUCGUCAGGGCAGGCCCCUAUCCGGACACCAUAGCCCUGGGCGAUCAAUUCCUCAUAGACAGAGUAAACACUCUCGUUCAGCAGCUGUCCGAGACUCCCAUGGUAGGCUGCGCUGUCGCCAUGCAAAAGGUAGUUACCAAUAUCGUAGGUCUGCUCACCGGCCAGACUGAGGCGCUUGGCAUACUGCUGGCAGACGACACCCUCACCAAACUUUACGUCGCAACCGACGCUUGCGAUAGAUCCGAUUUUAUGCGUCACCUUACCCACACCAAGCCCAAUAUUCGGAUUCUGGAGAUCGGUGCGGGCACAGGCGCUUCUACCUCAAGCAUGCUGAAGCACUUGAAACUGCCCGGGCCAACGGGCCAAGCCCUAUUCUCCAAAUAUACUUUCACUGACAUCUCGUCGGCAUUCUUCGUCGCGGCUAAGGAGUUGUUUAAGGACGUCCCUAACAUGGAGUAUCGCACACUGGAUAUCAGCAAAAGCCCGGCCGAGCAAGGUUUUGACGGGGAGAAAUAUGAUCUCGUCAUUGCUACGAAUGUGAUCCACGCCACCAAGAGUCUGCGUGAAAGCCUGGAGAACGUGAACCAGCUGCUCGCACCCGGCGGUAGACUGCUUCUCCACGAGCUCUUCUCUCCUUCCAAGUGGCCCAACUAUGUGUUUGGCACUCUCCCGGGCUGGUGGUAUGGCGAGGCAGAUGGCCGACCGGAUGAACCUUUCGUUUCUCCGGAACGGUGGGAAUCAGAGUUGAUAGGGGCAGGCUUUGCAGGUCUCGAUGCGGUUGCACUUGACGCCGAAGAGCCGCAUCAGGUCAACGCCAUCAUGGUCGCUAGGGCGCAGACUGUUAGCUCGCGACAAAAUGGUGAAGGCGGAAAGAAGACAGUCACGAUUCUGAGCGACCGUGACGGUCAACCUGAACUUGCCGGUGCUCUUUCCCAGCAACUGCAUGCCAGGGGUUACACCGUCCAACGGCGUCAGCUCGGCGACGAACUACCAACAUCUCAGGACAUAAUAUCCCUUCUGGAUAUCGAGCGCCCCUUCCUGGCCGACAUUGAUGAAGAGAGGUACCAAGCAUUCCAGGGCCUGAUAAACAAUCUUGGCGGUUCGGGUCUGCUAUGGGUGACACAUCCAUGCCAGGUCCGCUGCCACGACCCGAGGUACGCCCAAAUCAUUGGUGCCGCACGCGAGCUCCGCAACGAACUGCUGGUGGACUUGGCCACGUGCGAGGUGGAUGAUAUGGUUUCCUCGGUCGACCGCAUCAUCGACGUCUUCGCACAGUUCCAGACGCGCGAGCAAGAUGGAUCUCUCAAUGCGGACAUGGAGUAUGCUAUUGUUGACGGAACCGUUCUUGUUGGUCGCAUCUACCCCAUCUCUCUGAAGGAGGAAGUGGCUGAGGACAACUUGGACCACGUGCAUCUGGAAAUGGCCAAGCCUGGGCGCUUGACGUCUUUGCGAUGGACGCCUCGCGCCGCGAGACCGUUGAUCGGCGAUGAGGUGGAGGUGGAGAUUCACGCUGCCGGACUGAACUUCCGAGAUGUCUUGUGUGCCCUUGGUAUCGUUGCCUUCCCUGAAGAGGGCCUAGGCCUCGAGGCGAGCGGCACCGUCUCCCGUGUUGGUCCUGAGGCGAAGGACCUCAUUCCAGGGGAUCGCAUCAUGUUCUUGGGCAAAGGUGCCUUUUCAACGCACACCGUGAUCCGCGAGAGAUACUCCGAGAGGAUUCCUGAUGGCCUGAGCUUCGAAGACGCCGUAGCGAUGCCCAUUAUUUUUGCGACUGCGGCUGCAGCCUUGAUCAGCAUAGGUCGUCUACAAAAAGGACAGACCGUACUCAUCCACAGUGCUUGCGGUGGCGUUGGUCUCGCUGCCAUCCAACUUGCGAGGAUGGUCGGAGCCGAGAUAUUCGCUACGGUCGGUAGCGAGGAGAAGGUGAGAUACCUGACCGACACGAUAGGUCUGCCCGCAGACCGAAUCUUCAACUCCCGCGACACAACCUUUGUGGACGGCUUGAUGCGUGAGACCCAUGGCAAGGGUGUGGACUUGGUCAUGAAUUCUCUAUCGGGAGAGCUCUUGCACGCGACCUGGCGCUGCGUGGCCGAGUUUGGUACCAUGGUAGAAAUCGGGAAGCGUGACCUCCUAGGCAAAGGUCGACUUGAUAUGGAUGUCUUCCUUGCCAACCGAACCUAUUCAUGCUUUGACUUGGAUGAGCUUAACGCCAAGAAGCCCGAGGCUUGUAAAGAGCUUCUUCGAUCGGUCAUGGAGUACUUUGAAAAAGGCCAUAUCAAGCCAAUCCGACCUAUCAAGGCGUUUGACGCCUCGUCGAUCGAAGCUGCAUUUCGAUACAUGCAAAAAGGCCAACACAUGGGGAAGAUUGUCAUCUCAAUGCGAGACGAAGAUGGCACUGUCAAAGUCGACACGUCAGCUCUCGCCAAACGCCUCAAAAAACUCGAACUGGACAGCUCGGCAUCGUACCUGCUCAUCGGAGGCUUCGGUGGCUUGGGCCAUUCUGUAGCGCGCCACCUGGUCGAGCACAACGCCCGGCGUCUCAUCUUCCUCUCCAGAAAGGGGGGAGAACGCCCGGAAGACGUCGAUUUGGUGCGUGAGCUGGAGAGCAUGGGCUGCGAGGUAGGUGUAGUUAAGGGCAGCGUUGUUAGCGCGGACGACGUAGCACGCGCCGUGAAGUUGGCCGGUCCAGCUUUGAAGGGCAUCCUGCAGCUAUCCAUGGUCCUGCGGGACGAGGCUUUCCCGCGCAUGCGCCUAGAAGAUUGGGAGGCGGCCGUGACGCCGAAAGUACGUGGCACCUGGCUCCUUCACGAGGCCGCACUGGCAGCCGGUGUUGACCUCGACUUCUUUGUGCUAUUCUCCUCGUUGUCGGGUAUCCUGGGCCAGCCCGGCCAAGCCAACUACUGUGCCGCGAACACAUUCCUCGACGCCUUUGUGCAAUACAGAAUCAACCUAGGUCUGCCGGCUGCCGCCGUCGACAUCGGCGUGGUGGGGGACAUCGGUGCGGCCUCGCUCGAUAAAGGUUUGAUGAAGAGGGUGAAGCAGGCCAAGGCGCAAAUGGUCACGGAGCUGGAGCUGCUUGAAACCAUCUCGGCAGCGAUAACAAUCAACGGGACCAAUACCACCGGCGUCAUCACCUCGAAUGGAUCGGCUCCUUCCGGCACAGCAGGGUUCGUCGAAAAGCGCCAGUUCAUGAUCGGUGUCGGAACGAGCAUACCGCUCAGCCACCCCGAGAACCGCGCAUUCUUCCGCAAGGAUAGGAGGCUGGCAAUUUACCACAAUGCCACGAAUCUUUCUUCCUCUCAAGGCGAUCAAGGCAGCAGCAACGCCGACGCUCUCCAGGCCUUCAUCGCCAAAGUCCGCUCAGCGGGCGUCGCCGAGGAGGGAGGCGCGAAUGCCGUACUCCGUGAAGAUGAGACGGCGGCGUUCCUUUCGCGGGAGAUCGGCCGCAAGCUGUUCACGUUCCUGCUCCGGAACAUCGAGGACUUGGACGCGUGCCUGGGUGUGCCGUUGUCGCAGCUGGGAGUGGAUUCGCUAGUGGGCGUUGAGAUGCGGAAUUGGUGGCGUCAAGCUUUUGGGUUUGAUAUUACUGUCCUGGAGCUGUUGGGCAUGGGCAACUUGGAAUUGUUGGGCAAGCAUGCAGCGGAAGGUUUGGAGAGAGUGUUGGGCUAG